AUGACCACAGCGACAUUACGACUCAGCUUCCCGCAUCGCGCGCGUGCUUUCGAUGCGCUUCAGAUCGCCUGCCAGUACCCGGCACUCCGCAGCGCGCGAGGCAGAACGGCGGAUGCUGGCGCGAAUGAGUCCACCGACGCCUUCAGUACUGGAGAUCUGCAUCCGAACAAUGUCAAUCGAGACAGCAAUGACGAGUUCAGAACAGCGGACUUCAACGAUGCAAUAGGACAGUCCUCUGUCAAUGCAUGGGCGUGGAAUAGCAACGUCGACAACAACUUGCUCGCUUCUGACCCAUUCGGCAUGCCUGGUUUAAAUCUGUCAGACGUGAACUGGUUAUCGCCCCAAUACUCAGGCCCCAUUGACCUGGAUGCACUACUCGCAAACUUCGGAGGCCAAGCUAAUGGCACCGUGGAGCAAUGGACUUGUUCCAUCGCGCCAACAACGCCCUCAAUACCUGCGAUCACCACAACAUCACACUCAUCAGAUCCAAAUAGGAUCAUACCUGAUACAGACCAGCAGUCAAAGGAUACUGCCUCCGUAAUAUCUACAUCGACGUCGGAAAACAGAUACUACGUUGAUGGGGCAGGUGCCAGAGCCCCGUUCGGUGGCAGAUCGCAACACUCGAUUUGCUCAGAAGAAACCAUCGACUUGCAAGAUGCGGAAGAUAAUGAUGCUUCUGCAUCACUUGGUACCUCUGACGAAGACAAAUUAUGUCCACCAGCAGCCUAUCAAUCUCUGCUGGAAGGUAUUGCUGCUGAAAGCCGCGAUAGCCCAGUCGAUUUGAGCGAUUCGAACUUUCCCACAUAUGAGCAAGUCGUCAUCUCUGUUCGCCAGUACUUUGACCAUUUCCACCCAGUCUUCCCCUUCCUGCGGCCGUCUUCCUUCGCCCAAGAUGCUUUCAGGAGCUGGCUCUUGCUAAUCGCCGUUUUUGUUAUCGGCUCAAAGUACUCACGGCUAUCGCAGCAUUCCCAAACAAGCGAAUCUCUAUUUGGUCUGCUGAGUACUAUUCUCACCCGAAGCAAGUAUGGAAUAGGCCCACAAGGUUCGGCAGGUAACGAGGAUGUCGAUUACAGCCCGAGCUGUUCCCGGACGGCUGAUCCUGAGCAAAACCCCGACUUUCGUGAAUGGCUGUUCAGAGAGGCAAUGACACUCGAUACGAUGUUCGUGUAUCAGUUUCAGGCCAAGCCUCUCAUCCAGUUCGACGAUAUUGACGUAUUGUUGCCAUGUCACGAGGAUGUAUGGGACCAACCAGGCUUAAUUCGACAGAACCAAAGGCGUCUUACAAGUGUUACCUUUAUGGAAGCACUAGAGAUGAUCUACGUGGAAAAGCGGCUACCCGUGGAUCUAGGAGAGUUCAGCAUGGGCUUACUUGUCAGUGCCAUCUAUCGCCAUACCCGAGAUGUUGUGGCCCGAGAUCGCAUUCGUCUCAACUCAUGGACACCAACAUCUACGCCACAGCGACGUAACGAUAUGCCACCACCUACACAACAAGACUGGUCGCCGACAACGCGGUCUUCCAUCAAGUGGCGUAACAGCGCCUGUGAUAGCUUGGAUGUCCUGCAUUGGCCCGCGAAUAGUAAGGUCGCACGCCACUCAGGCUUCGAGCACCACACUAUCCUCCAGCUGCAUCUAGCUCGCCUGAUCAUACUUGCGCCCACUAGCGCCAUACAGCGCAGCCUGUUCGAGCCAUAUGCGAUUUACAUUGCGACACUCAUACUUUGGGCCUUCUGCGUCUGCAUGCAUCUUCCCGAAGCCAUUGAAGCCAUUGGCUCUGAGUCAGAUGAGGAACCAGAACCAUCGUUCCUCCAUCUUGACCGACCAUUGGACGAUGAGCUAGUACAGACGUAUGUGCGCAUGGGGCACAAGAUGUCCGCAUACAUUGCCAAUGUCGGCAGUCUAGAGCAUGAAGCAGCUCCGAUCCACAUACUUCACCACAACCACAAGUACCUGAGAUCUGUAUCCGGACUCUUUGGUCCGCUGUCUUCUUCUUGCUUCUACAUACCUGGUGCACGCACCGAUCCAAUCCGACCCAUCAUGGCAGACAUGGACGAAAAGGCCGCGACCAUGGAACACCAUGAGGUUACCUUCGACCAGGCCAAAGCGGCAGCCGACGAGGAGCACGAGAUGACGUUGAUGCAAGCCAUUCGCAAAUACCCCAAAGCUGUGCUCUGGUCGGUGUUGCUAUCCACCUGCAUCAUCAUGGAAGGAUACGACAUCGUCUUGAUGAGCUCCUUCUUCGCGCAGCCGUCCUUCUCGCGCAAAUAUGGAGAGUUCAAUCAACGCACUCAGACAUAUGAGAUAACGGCAUCGUGGCAGAAUGGACUCAGCAAUGCUGUGAGCGUGGGCACUAUCAUCGGUGCAUUUGCGAAUGGGUACUUUAUUCAUCGAUUCGGUUACCGUCCCGUCUUGCUGGUAUCGCUUGCCUCCAUUUGCGCGCUGAUCUUCAUCUCUUUCUUCGCGCCCAAUGCCCCCGUCCUCCUCGUCGGUCAAUUCCUGUGCGGUAUACCCUGGGGUGUCUUUGCGACAAUGGCGCCUGCCUACGCCAGUGAGGUGUGUCCGUUAGCUCUGCGAGGCUACCUCACCGUAUACGUCAACCUUUGUUGGGCAUUCGGACAACUCAUCUCCGCUGGAGUUCAAUCCGCAUUCUCAGGCAACAACACACAAUGGGCAUACCGUAUACCCUUUGCCAUCCAAUGGGCAUGGCCGAUCCCUCUCUUUGCGAUCCUCUGGAUGGCACCUGAGUCCCCAUGGUACCACGUUCGUACCGGCGACCUCGAACUGGCCGAGCAGAUGCUUAUCCGUCUUGGGUCUGUCUCCCAACGUGAUAUGGCUAAGCAAAAGGUCGCGAUGAUGGUUCGGACAAAUGAACUGGAGAAGUCGCUUGAAGAGAACACAUCCUACCUCCAAUGUUUCAAAGGCAUCGACCGCCGCCGCACAGAAAUCGCCUGCAUGGUCUUCGCAGCUCAACCCAUCUGCGGCUCUGUCAUGGGCGGCACACCCACGUAUUUCUUCGUCCAAGCAGGCGUCUCAACCUCAAUCUCCUUCAAGAUGUCCGUCGGCGGUCUCGGCAUGGCAUCAGUCGGUACACUCAUCUCGUGGGUGCUCAUGAGCUACAUCGGCCGUCGAAAGCUUUACCUCUGGGGCCUCGGUGGUCUAGCUGCCAUCCUCUUCAUCGUCGGAUUCAUCAGCGUAGGCGCGGGCGACUCGUCCGGCGGCAACUAUGCACAAGCUGCUAUGAUGAUCAUCUGGCUCUUCUGGUACUACAUGACCGUCGGACCCAUCUGCUAUGCCAUCGUCGGAGAAGUCUCGUCCACGCGUCUUCGCAGCAAGAGUGUGUGUCUGGCUCGCAUCAGCUACUACAUCGCGCAGAUCCUCACCAACGUUAUCAAUCCGUAUAUGUUGAACCCAACUGCGGGUGAUUGGAAGGGCAAGACGGGCUUCUUCUGGGGUGGAGGCGCGUUGAUCUUUUUCGUUUGGACGUUUUUCCGUCUUCCGGAGACGAAGGGCAGGACAUAUGAGGAGUUGGAUAUCAUGUUUGCGGAGGGGUUGCCUGCGAGGGCCUUCAGGAAACAUAGCAUUGAUGCUUAUGCGUAUGCGCAUGGAGAUGAGGGUGAUCGUAAGGUCAAGGCUGUGGAGUGA